AUGUCUUCCCCAUUUGAACUUAAGUGGGGUAUUCUAGGCUGCGGAUGGAUUGCAUCUGUUUUCACAAAGGACCUCCUUCUCGAUCCUGCAAACCGUGGCGCUGGAGAUAUCAAGCACACAGUAGUCGCCGCCGGAACAUCUUCCUCUGUUCCCCGCGCUGAAAAGUUCCUCUCAGACUGCGGUGUCCCAGAGGGGACUGCCGCUGCCUAUGGUACUUACGAAUCACUUGUCAACGACCCGAACGUUGACAUUAUCUAUGUCGCAACCCCACAUUCUCACCAUUUCCCACACGUCUUACUCGCACUGAACGCUGGAAAACAUGUUCUUUGCGAAAAGCCGUUCACUGUCAACGCCGAUCAGGCAAAGAUUCUAUUUGAUGUUGCAAAACAGAAGAAUUUGUUUAUUAUGGAAGCAGUAUGGACUCGUUUCUUCCCUUUGAGCAUCGAAGUUAGGGAACUAGUCAAGUCCGGUAAGAUCGGAGAGGUCAAGCGGGUACUAUCAGACCUAUCACUUCUGAACGAAGUUGAAACUGCAUUCCCACCGGAGAAUAGGAUGGUCAAUAUGGAUCUUGCUGGUGGCGCAUUGUUGGAUUUGGGGGUUUAUUCGCUUACCUGGGUUUUCCAAAUUUUGUACCACUUGGAUGAGAACCCGAAGACUCCCAAGGUGGUGAGUCAUGUUCAAAAGUAUGGUGGUACUGGGUGCGAUGAGACUACUACCGUCGUAUGUCAAUUUGAAAAGUCGACGGGAAUUGCGAUGACGAGUUUUAGGGUUGGACAGGAUGUUGAUGGGGAGGGAACUGGUGGGCCUGCGAUUAGGAUUUAUGGAACGAAGGGGGAGAUUCAAGUUGCGCAUCCGGCGUAUAAGCCGGUGAAGUACAGGGUUAUUUUGAGGAAGGAGGAAGGAGGUGCAGGGGAGUGGAUUGAGAAGAAGGAUGAGGGUGGGUCUAUGUACUGGCAAGCCGAUGGGUGUGCGAGGGCGAUUAGAGAUGGGAAAUUGGAGUGUGAAGUCAUGCCGUGGAAGGAGACGGUGUCUGUCAUGGAGGUUAUGGAUGAGACGAGGCGGCAGGGAGAUUUGAAGUAUCCAGAGGCGAUUGAGAGCACCGCUCAUUAA